AUGCCUGAAACGACGCAAGAGACUUCUGCCAAAGACUCGCCGUUCUUUAUAAAGAACCUGCUCAACUGUGACAGCAAACCGUCAAAGCCAAAGCCGAUGUUGGCUGCCUCGAAGACGGCGUUAGAAGGAGGCUUCUCCCUGUCGCAGGUGGCAGACUUCAGCUUCCCUCGCUUUGAGCUGCCGGCGCAGAGGUUCAGUCUGCCUGCGCACUAUCUGGAGCGCACCUCGGCAUGGUGGUACCCCUACACCCUGGGCACCGCGGCGCACCUGCACCACAGAGCUGAAGUGAGUGACAAAGCCGCGGCCAGAGACUCCUCGCCCACGUCGGGCACAGACCGGGACUCUCCAGACCUCCUCCUCAAAACAGAGCCUGAGGCCAAGGACGACGAGGAGGAGGACGAGCACAACAACAGCAAGAGCGGAGACGAGAUCAUCCUGGAGGAGAGCGACCCAGAGGAGGCCCGCAAGGACGACACAGACGACUGGAAGAAGCGCGACGACGACAAGAAGCCGUGCCGCAAGAAGAAGACGCGCACCGUGUUCUCUCGCAGUCAGGUCUUCCAGCUCGAGUCCACCUUUGACAUGAAGCGGUAUCUCAGCAGCUCGGAGCGCGCAGGGCUGGCGGCCUCUCUGCACCUCACCGAGACGCAGGUCAAGAUCUGGUUUCAGAACCGCAGGAACAAGUGGAAGAGGCAACUGGCGGCGGAGCUGGAGGCCGCCAACCUGAGCCAUGCGGCGGCCCAGAGGAUUGUGCGGGUGCCCAUUCUGUACCACGAGAACUCUGCCGCAGAAAACAGCAGCGCCUCGUCCAGCGUGCCCGCCAGCCAGCCUCUGCUCACCUUCCCACAUCCGGGCGUGUACUAUUCUCACCCCAUAGUGACGUCCGUGCCACUGCUCAGACCCGUGUGA